AAUAACACCUCUUUUGUACCUGUCGAUUCCCACGAAACUGAGUAGAAUCCUAGUUGAGUGCGCGUACAAAAGUAGAAGAGAUCAUUCAACGAGCAGCAUGGAAGAGCGCACCGUGACUAGACCACGUCGCAACGUUGCCGCAGCACAGCUAGCGCUUGUUGUAGGGUUGUGCAUCGCUCUUUGCGGGCACUGCGACAGUAGCCUCGCUGCAGCCGGACAGGCUCAACCUCCAAACAUUCUAUUCAUUGUAGCGGAUGAUUUGGGCUGGAAUGAUGUGGGCUGGCAUGGUUCGGAGAUCCACACGCCCAACUUGGAUGCGCUGGCAAUGAGUGGUGUGCGCUUAGACCAUUCCUACGUGCAGCCCAUCUGCUCACCAACUCGUAGCUCCAUCAUGUCAGGCAAGUUUGUCAGUCACACUGGAAUACAGAGUCUUAUUCUGUCACCGAAGCCAUGCGGCCUACCCACAAACAUAACAACAAUAGCACAGCAGCUGAAGCAACGUGGCUAUGCCACCCACGCCGUGGGAAAGUGGCACCAGGGCUAUUGCAAGCCAGCGUACACACCCUCCCACCGUGGCUUUGACACAUUCUUUGGCUACUAUUCUGGUGCCGAGGAGUACUUCAGUCACUAUAGGAAAGACCAUGCAGGGAAGUUGACCUGGAAUGCUCUGGAUUUCCACUUUGACACUCCGGAGAACUACACUAAUGUGCGCAACAUGAACGGCACAUACUCCGCAAAUGCAUUCACGGACCAAGCCAUCAAGGUCAUGGAUGAACAUGACAAGACUAAGCCACUCUACAUCUAUCUACCCUUUCAGUCUGUUCACUCUCCAAUGGAGGUUCCACCCCAGUACCCCGCUAAAUAUCCCAAGAUCAACGACCAGAAUCGCAAAACAUUCGCUGGCAUGGUGUCAGCUUUGGACGAGGCAGUUGGCAAUGUGACGUCGGCGUGGAAACGCAACGGUCUCUAUAACAACUCAGUUAUUGUGUUCACCACUGAUAACGGUGGUCUUGUGCGGUCCGGGGGUAACAACUAUCCACUGCGUGGACAGAAGUUCACAUUGUGGGAAGGUGGCACGCGAGGUGUUGCCUUUGUCUCCGGUCCACUGCUAAACAAGACUGGGUACAUAUAUCCUGGGUUGGUGCAUGCAGUCGACUGGUAUCCUACGCUUGUGGAGCUCGCUGGUGGAGAUGUCAGCAGUCUGGACGUGGACGGAUAUCCGAUGUGGUCGCACUUCUCCAACAACCAAACAUCUCCGCGCACCCGCUUCCCCUACAUCAUCCACAACGAAACACAGACGUUUGUGAUACGUGUUGGCAACUGGAAGCUGAUGUUGGGCGUGAAGAAUACCUCUCAAGGAGGAUGGUUUCCGCCACCUGGUACUCCAAGUGUGGAUAGUUCAGUUGAGCAACUGCGUGAGCACAGCAUCAAUCACCUGCACCCAGAGGAGGGUGACUACAAAUAUGACCAGGAGCAAUAUAGUGAUGCAGUACAAGGGAAACCCAAACCAGAAUUACUCUACUUGUUCAAUUUGGAAGAUGACCCGACCGAGCACACUGAUCUGUCGCAGAGCAAUCCACAGCAGGUGUCAGUGAUGAUGGGACAUCUCAAGGAGAUGCUGCAGCCAUACGCACCAGACCUAUGCAUACACGUGAAGGGCUCACCCAAAUCCGACCCGAUCAACUUUGACAAUGCCUAUUCGACUGGGUGGUGCUGAGCUAUACAGCUUGGACUUUGAGUUUCGCUUGCCCACGCACUGCACUGCACCGCACCGCACCCCACCGCACCGCACCCCACCGCACCGCACCCCACCCCACCCCACCGCACCGCACUGCACUGCCGCUUGCAACUCAGUUCAGGUGGUGAUGUGCAUAUGCCUAGGCUAGAGUAAUGCUUUCGGAAAAGACACCAUAAAUAAUACAAUUUUAUUAGCUCUAUUCUUGAAAGUAUGUGUUGCUCCCGACACGGGAGCUCACUGACCCCUUCCGUCCUACUCCCGUGUGGGAAGCAACAUACACAGUGACUCUUCCUCUCUUAGCGCCAGGGAGUAGUAAAAUACCUAUCCCCUGAGUAUUGCCAACAUCGCUAGAUUCGCUACCA